AUGCCUACUAGUCUAACGGUCCCACAAACUCCAAGAUAUGUCCCUGCCCUGCCUACUAAGGAGAACCUCCAAUAUGCAGAUCUUGCCAUCAUCGACCUAUCUAAAGCAGCUACCGCAGAAGGCCGCGCGGAACUAGCGGUUGAACUACGAGAGGCCUUGACUACUCAUGGGUUUUGCUAUAUUAUCAACCACGGGUACACCCAAGCUCAGAACGAGAGGAUGUUCGAUAUCGUAGAUAUCCCCAUGUCCGGUGUACCUGAAGACGAGAAACGGGCGUACACUGGAGACAGCAAGAAGACAGGCAUACUUCAAGGCUACAAACCAAGACAAUACUGGCACAUCGAUGCUGGCGUGCGUGAUCAACUCGAGCACUAUGCCUCACUCAGACCAUUUCUUCCCGAUCUCGAUGCCUUCGCGCGUUUGCAGCCUUGGCUCCAGAACUUGGAUUUAACUGCGCUUCUCAGGCUCAUGGCGUUGAGCCUUGAACUUCCUGAAGACACGUUCGUGAAAUUGCACGACUUUGAUGCACCCGGAAUAUCAUACCUGAGCUUUAUGAAAUAUUUCCCUAGGUCAGAAGAAGAGGAAGUCCGGACAAAAAAUGUCUGGAUGAAAGGACACACAGACUUCGGAAGUAUCACUCUACUCUGGAGUCAGCCUGUUGCUGCCUUACAGAUCCAAACGAAGGAGGGCUGGCGCUGGGUCAAGCAUAUCGAAAAUGCUUUGCUCAUGAAUAUUGGUGAUUCGAUGGAGUUUCUCACAGGAGGAUUCUACAAAGGAACCAUCCACCGGGUUGUGCAACCCCCGAUUGAUCAACGUGGCUACACGCGGCUAAGCUUGAUCUAUUUCUCCUUCCUGAAUGACGAUGUCAAUCCAGUCCUUCAGAGGGUUGGGGUUGAGCGCAGAUGUGAAGACGAUGUAGCUCCUACCAUGAAGGCCUGGAGAGUUGCGAGAAUCAGUGCAUAUGGCACGAGCGAUCUGCAGAAGGGCAAAGAACCUGGCAUAGAGGAAGAGGUAUUGAAUGGCAUUGUUGUCAAUUACUACAAUUAG